AUGGCCAUCGACACCCUCCGUCGAUUCUUUCUCCCAUGUUUCUUCCCUUCCAAGCCGCAACCAACCGUCCCUUUCUCUGACCACCACUCCCAGAUCAAGAACCGCCCCUCCUCGCCAGCGUCGUCCACUUCCUCCUCCACCGCGGCCUCUGCGGCCCCACCGCGUCCCUCGAAGUCGAUGGUGAUCGGCACCAUCUUCGGGAACCGGCGCGGGCACGUGUGGUUCUGCGUGCAGCACGACCGGCUCUCCGCCAAGCCCACGCUCCUGCUCGAACUUCCGCUUUCCACUGACCACCUCGUACGCGAAAUGCGCAACGGCCUCGUGCGCAUAGCGCUCGAGUGCUCCGACGCCGCCACGUAUCCCCUCCGCUCAGUCCCCCUCUGGACCACCUUCUGCAACGGCAGGAAGACCGGCUUCGCCGCUCGCCGCCGCCCUGGCGACCGCGUCCGCUCCAUCCUCCGCACCAUGCAGUGCGUCUCAGUCGGCGCCGGCGUAAUCCCCUCCGGCUUUGCCUCCGACACCUCCGAGGAACUCAUGUACAUGCGCGCUAACUUUGAACACGUCAUCGGAAACGCUGACUCCGAGUCCUUCCACCUCAUCAACCCCGACGAGUGCCCCGGCCAGGAACUCAGCGUUUUCUUGCUCCGAUCCCGACUCGCCGCCACGCGCUGA